UUCUCUCGUCUACUACUCCUCGUCGCUGUUCGUUCUGGAUUGAAGUUUUGUAUCAAAUUCCAAUCUGACAACAGAAAAACCUGCUUCUUGCAAGGAACCGUGCGCUUCAAAAAGAAUUUCUGGUAACUUGAUUGAAGAAAAAAAAGAAACAAAGGUGUGGUGGGGUGGGGGGGAGCGACUAGCGAGCUCCUCGAGAAGCGGGAGGCGGCGAAAGAGAUCGACUGACGAAGUCGAGAAGCAUCUGCUAUGCACGUAUAAACCUCGUCAGUGGCUCAGUGUUCGUCCUGAACAGCUACUGGCAAGGAGCAACCGAACAACUUGAUCAGAAUUCACAAGGGAGAGAUAGAGAGAGAGGAGAAGGGAGAGCUGGUACCUGCUGGUAGAGGGAACUAAUGGGGGUUCCAUCGUUCUACAGAUGGCUGGUUCACAAGUAUCCCAGCACUGUGGUGAACGCAGUAGAGGAAAGAGGACACGAAAUUGAUUCCAGCAAACCGAACCCAAAUGGAAUCGAGUUCGAUAAUCUUUAUCUGGACAUGAAUGGAAUCAUACAUCCCUGCUUCCAUCCUGAAGACGAAUUAUUUCCACCCACAACCUUCCAAGAAGUAUUCGAGAGGAUAUUUGAAUACAUUGAUCGGCUUUUUCGUAUCGUAAGACCCAGAAAGCUACUUUACAUGGCAGUUGAUGGCGUCGCUCCAAGAGCUAAAAUGAAUCAGCAGAGAAGUCGCCGCUUCCGAGCUGCUAAAGAUGCUGAAAUGGCGGAGGUUGAGGAGGAAAGACUCCGUCAAGAAUUUGAACUGCAAGGGAAGCUUGUUCUUCCCAAGCAAGAGUCUGAGGUUUCAGACUCUAACAUCAUAACCCCAGGAACCGAAUUCAUGUUUAAAUUGUCAGAGGCUCUGCAAUCUUAUAUCCGUUCAAGGCUGAAUAAUGAUCCUGGUUGGAAGCAGAUAAAGGUUAUUCUAUCUGAUGCAAAUGUUCCUGGAGAGGGUGAACAUAAGAUAAUGUCAUUUAUCCGCUUACAGCGCAAUCUUCCAGGAUAUAAUCCAAACACCCGCCAUUGCUUGCAUGGUUUGGAUGCUGAUCUGAUAGUGCUAGCAUUGGCAACACAUGAAGUGCAUUUCUCUAUAUUGAGAGAGGAUCUUCUGACUCAAGAACAGCAACCAAUCUGCAUGAAAUACUUGGAAUCCAGCAUUGGUAUGGCUGAAUCUGGAUUAGUGAAGCAAAGUGGAUGGUUUCGAAAUAUUAAUGCAAUGGAAGGGUGUCGGUUGACUCAUAAAAAGCCUUAUCAGUUUUUAAAUAUAUGGUCACUAAGAGAGUAUUUGAAGCUUGACAUGCAAAUAUCUGAUCCACCUUUCGAAGUUGAUCUUGAGCGCCUUAUUGAUGAUUUCAUCUUCAUAUGCUUUUUUACGGGAAAUGAUUUUUUACCUCACUUGCCUACCCUAGAAAUCCAUGAGGGUUCAAUUAACUUGAUGAUGAGCGUAUACAAGGAAGAGUUCAAGAACCUGGGGGGCUAUCUUGUUGAUAUGAGCAGAGUAGAGGACAAGAAAUGUGGAUAUGUAAAGUCAAAAAGGGUGGAGAAAUUUAUCCUUAAAGUUGGGACUUAUGAAGAAAAAAUAUUUAAGAAAAGAUCUGAACUACGUGAGCGCAGGAUUAGGAAACUCAUGCGUGAGAUUGCAGAAGCACAAGAUGAGAAUGCACAAAUUGAGCUGGAAGACUCAGUUCAGUUUGCCUCUAGCAAAAAUUUAAGGCUCGAUGCAACGAAUGACUCUUUGGGAGUUACAAAUGAAGCAACCUCAUCUCUUGAGGCAUUGGGGAAUCGUGACGAGGUUGUGCAAAACACCAAGGAGUUAAAUCAAAAGUUGAAAGAUUAUACUCGUGAGAAAUCAGACCUAUUUAAACAGGGUGGCUUUGAAAAGGACAGGGUGAAAUUGGGCACAGAAGGUUGGAAGCAGCGAUAUUAUAAAGAGAAAUUUUCCGUGGAGGGUGAAGCUGAUUUAGAAAGCAAGAGGAAAGAGAUAGUAGAGAAGUACACUGAGGGCCUAUUCUGGGUGUUGCGAUAUUAUUUUUCAGGAGUCUCAUCUUGGACAUGGUUUUAUCCUUUCCACUAUGGUCCAUUUGCUUCAGACCUGAAGGGUCUUGCUCAGGUCCACCCAAAAUUUAAAAUGGAUUGUCCUUUUAAACCUUUUGAUCAACUGAUGGGUGUUCUUCCACCUAGAAGUUCUUCUGCCCUUCCUAGAGCUUAUCGGGAGCUGAUGAUCUCUGAGGAAUCCAACAUCAGGGAUUUCUACCCCCAGGAUUUUGAAGUCGAUACAGAUGGAAAACGGUACAUGUGGCAGGGAAUUACAAAACUCGAUUUUAUUAAUGAACACCGCCUUGUAAAGGAAACGAAAAAACUAGAAGAGGAACUGGAGGCAGAGGAAGCCAAGAGGAACAAGGAAUCUAUUGCUAAGUUGUUUCUCAGGUGUAUUGCUGACAUGGGAUUGCAAGCCUUGUCACUUUAUUUUGAGCAGCAGACGUCAUUGAAGAAAUUGAUAAAAUUGAGGAAACCCAUUGAUAUCAUUUCCAGUGGUGGGUUAAAUGGCUUUAUCUGCCCUUGUGAAGAGGCUUCUUUGACAAUUAGUUCUUGUUCUAUGGAGGAGCUACAAGAAAAUUUAGGGGAAGAUGUCUUAUGUGUUCUAUAUGAAUGCCCGGAAAACCAUCCACAUAUUCCUCGUCUUCUUGAGGGAGUGACACUUCUGGAUAAGACAAUAACUGAAGAUGAUAUUGUGAAGGAACCUCUCUGGCAUGAAUACGAGGGUGCAAGACUGCCUUAUAGACUGCAGGUUUCAAGGAGAUAUGGGAAAGAAGUAAACAAUACUAGUUGUACUCCAGAUUCUUCAUCACCAAAAGAAAUAUUUAAGGCAGCAGGUUCGGGCAGGGGUGCUGGAAGGGAAAGGGGAAGGGGGCGGAUUGACUCAUUGGAUUCUGGCCAAAGAUUUGAGCCUCAUAGAGGAACUCCAUCCAGUGGAAACAGAAUUCAUUCAUUUGGGUCUGCUUCAGUAACUAGAGAAUCUGGAGAGACAUUCUUGGUUUCUGGUAGGGGGGGUGGCCAUAACAGAGCAUCAAACUAUGACAAGAAUUUUGGAUAUGGGGGAGCAAUUAAUGUUGGCAACCCUUCAGCUGGUCCAUAUCUGGCCAACAGAAGUUGGAAGGCUAUGGGUACUGGACCUCCAGCCAGAGGCAUAGGGAGAGGCUAUGGUCCUUCAGGAACCUGGCAACCCAGCCAUAGGGACUCGGGUAUUGGGUGUCAUAGUGCAGUUGGUGGCAAUUCUUCUUCAUCUAGUCCAUCUUGGCCUUCAGGAACCCGGCAACCUAGACAUAGGGACCCGGGUUGUGGAUAUCAUGGAGCAGUUGGUGGCAAUUCUUCUUCAUCUAGCCCAUCUUGGCCUUCUGGAACCUGGCAACCCAGCCACCGGGACUCGGCAGUUGGUGGCAAACCUUCAUCUAGUCCAUCUUUUGCCAACAAAAGUUGGAAAGCUGUUGGCUCUGAAUCCUCAGGCGGAGGCAUAGGGAGAGACAGAGGAAGUGGGCCUUUGGAUAUCUGUAAGCCCAACCCGCGGGACUCUGGUUUUGUGUCUCGUGAAGCAAUUGGCGGCAAGCUUUAUUCACCUGUUUCACAUUUGCCCAACGUAAGUCGGAAGGCUGUGGGCUCUGGACCUUCAGCCGGAGGCGUUGGCAGAGGCAAUGGGCCUUCAGAAGUUGGGAAACCUAACCAACGGGACUCUGGUUUCUCGUCGCCGAGAAAUAGCUCCCAAACCUCUGGGAGGAAAUCUGUUCCACAAUUGUCAAGAGGAGCUUCAACUGGUCGGGGGCAACAGUAGUUUUGAGAACCGGCGUUGGUAGUUAAAAACCGUUAAAUCUUUACUAAUUACUACCAUGGGAAGUGUCUAUAUUUGGUCUUUUUGCACAUUGGGCCAUCUACAUUUAGUAUAAAUAUCAAAUGCCCCGCCUCGUUUUUGUUAUUUUGCUUUUGCUACCGACCAGUACCAGUACCAGUACCAGUUUCUUCUUGUGUUAAUACGUAAUACAGCCCCACUCCGAUAAAGGGGAAAAAUGUA